UUUAUCAUUAAUAAUACACUUGUUUUAAUGAGAGAUAAUUCUAUGGUGUUUUGUGUCCAUUUAAUUCAUGAUGUUUAUAUUAAAAUAAAUAAAUACAAAAUCAAAUCGAAAAUAUACAAUUAUUUAAUCACAUCAAAAAAGGCAGAAUUGAAAACAUAGCAUCAUCCAAUCAAAAAAUUUAAUGAAACCUUGUAAUUUUACGAUUACAAAAGAAGAAAAAAACGUAUAAAUAAUAGAAACGUUAUUCUAAUCCAGUCAAAUGGAAACAAUGGAUCUGCAUUUAUCGUUUUUGUUGGUGUUUUUAUUAACACAAAGUGCUUCUCCUGUGGAAUUACGUACGUGCUUAAAUAAUUUCUUUGCAAUAUUAAAAUUAUCUUUUGUUAAAGCUCCAUUUAUCCAUGUUUGUCACCAAAGCGAUCCUGAAUUAGAACAAUGUAUUAUUAACGCUGUUGAAGAAGUUAAACCAAUUUUAGUAACAGGUGCUCCUGAAUAUAAUAUCCCGAGUGUUGAACCGAUGAUUAUUGAAGAUUUUAUUGAAGAAGAAUCAUCUGGUUUAACAAUUCAAGUUAAAGAUGUUUCGACGUGUGGAGGAAGUCAAUUUACAGUGGAAAAGAUUAGUUUACAUCGUGAUCCAAUGUCCUUUACAGCACAGUUAAUUUUUCCACAAAUGAAAAUAAAUGCUACUUAUAACAUGCAUGGAAAAAUUUUAGUUUUGCCAAUUAAAAGUAGUGGAGAGUUCCGCGCGAAUUUAACGAACAUAAAAUCGACAAAUACAAUGGUAGGUGAGCUUUAUGAAAAAGAUAGCACGAAAUACGUUAAAUUAAUAUCAAACGAUAUUAAAUUAAGUGUUGAAUCUGGUCAUGUUCAUUUGGAAAAUGCUCAUGCUGAUACUAUAAUAAAUGAUAUGAUAUCUGAGACUGUUAACAAAAAUUUUCACGAUUUCUUCCACGAAUUAAUGCCAGUUAUUGAAAAAAAUUUGGGGGAGCUUAUGUUGAAUAUUUCAAAUAAAAUAGUUGAACCGUACCCUUACGAUUUAAUGUUUCCUGAAUAAAAAAAGAUAAACUUAAAAAACUUUAUUUAGGAAAUUGUUUUAGAAAAUAUUAGGUUAAAAACAUUCUAAUAAAUACAUUCAUCCAGA